GGGUGGGAGCAGCUGAAGGUCCGCUCCGGAGACUAGGCUGUCCUCUCGCGCGCGGCGCUGGCCGGGGCGGCGGCGGUGGAGGAGCGAGAGAGGCGGCGGUGGCGGCGGCGAAAGAGGAGGGGAGGACGGGGGCGGCGUCGGACUGGAGCCGAUCGGCGGUGCGAGCUGCCCCGGGUGCAGUCGUGAGCUCGCCCGCCCGGCCCCCACCCCCGAUCUACACCCUGCGGUGCCCAGCUCUGCCCGCGUCCGUGCCCCCGCGGGGAGCGCGCCGGGGCUGCCCCCCGAAUGACGGGCGGAAGGUUCGACUUCGACGAUGGCGGCACCUACUGCGGCGGCUGGGAGGAGGGCAAGGCGCACGGGCAUGGCAUCUGCACGGGGCCCAAGGGUCAGGGCGAGUACUCUGGCUCCUGGUCACACGGCUUCGAGGUGGUUGGAGGCUACACCUGGCCCAGCGGCAACACCUACCAGGGCUACUGGGCGCAGGGCAAACGGCACGGGCUGGGGGUGGAGACGAAGGGCAAGUGGAUGUACCGGGGGGAGUGGUCACAUGGUUUCAAGGGGCGCUACGGGGUCCGGCAGAGCCUGUGCACCCCCGCCCGCUACGAGGGGACCUGGAGUAACGGGCUGCAAGACGGGUACGGCGUGGAGACCUACGGGGAUGGAGGUACCUACCAGGGCCAGUGGGCUGGAGGCAUGCGGCAUGGCUACGGUGUGCGCCAGAGUGUGCCCUAUGGCAUAGCUACGGUGAUCCGCUCCCCACUGCGCACAUCCCUGGCCUCCCUGCGCAGCGAGCAGAGCAAUGGCAGCGUGCUGCAUGAAGCUGCAGCCGCAGCUGCAGACAACCCGGCUGGCACAAGAGGUGGCUUCGUGCUCAACUUCCAUGCGGACACAGAGCUGGGCAAGAAAAAGGGUGGCCUCUUCCGUCGGGGCUCCCUUCUUGGCAGCAUGAAACUCCGCAAGUCCGAAUCCAAGUCUUCCAUCUCCAGCAAGCGCAGCUCGGUCCGCAGUGAUGCAGCCAUGAGCAGAAUCAGUUCUAGCGAUGCCAACUCCACCAUCAGCUUCGGUGACGUCGACUGUGAUUUUUGCCCCGUGGAAGAUCAUGUGGAUGCCACUACCACGGAAACCUACAUGGGCGAGUGGAAGAAUGAUAAGCGCAAUGGCUUCGGCAUCAGCGAACGCUCCAAUGGCAUGAAGUACGAAGGCGAGUGGGCCAAUAACAAGAGGCAUGGGUACGGCUGCACUGUGUUUCCUGAUGGCUCCAAGGAAGAGGGAAAAUACAAAAAUAAUAUCCUGGUCCGUGGAAUAAGGAAGCAGCUUAUACCAAUAAGAAAUACAAAAACUAGGGAGAAGGUGGAUAGAGCAAUUGAAGGUGCACAAAGGGCGGCGGCCAUGGCCAGAACCAAAGUGGAAAUAGCAAACUCAAGGACUGCACAUGCCAGAGCGAAAGCUGAUGCUGCCGACCAAGCUGCACUGGCUGCUCGCCAGGAGUGCGAUAUAGCGAGGGCUAUGGCCAGAGAGCUGUCACCCGAUUUCUACCAACCAGGCCCUGAUUAUAUCAAACAAAGAUUUCAGGAGGGGGUUGAUAUUAAAGAAAACCCAGAAGAAAAGGUCCCAGAAAAGCCUCCGUCACCAAAGGAAUCCCCUCAUUUUUACCGCAAAGGCACGACACCUCCCAGGUCUCCUGAGGCGAGUCCCAAACAGAGCCACUCUCCCCAGCCUUCCUCCCCGAAGUCCACAAAGACACAAAACCCCAGCUCAGGGGCAAGACUCAGUCAAGACAAACAGAGCCUAGCUGAGGAGCAAGUGACAGCCAUUGUCAAUAAGCCCUUGAUGUCAAAGGCUCCGUCAAAGGAAUUGGUGUCUAAGUACUCUGGCCGCCACCAUGUCCCCAACCCCAGCAACGGGGAGCUGCACUCUCAGUAUCAUGGCUACUAUGUAAAACUGAACACGCCCCAGCAUCCUCCAGAGGACAGGGAGGAUGACAGCAGAGUCGGCCAGUCUUCCUCAGCAUUGGUACCUAGACUGUCACCUAACAAGUGGAGUUCCCCUAAAUCUGUGACAAAACCAGUUGCCAAAGAAAGCAAAACUGAGCCAAAAGCAAAGAAGUCUGAACUUGCUAUACCAAAGAAUCCAGCAAGCAAUGAUACCUGCCCUUCUUUGGAAAAAGAAGCCAAUUCUGGCCCUAAUUCCAUCAUGAUUGUCCUGGUCAUGCUGUUGAAUAUUGGGUUGGCCAUUCUUUUUGUUCACUUUCUGACUUGAUUGGAAUUAGGAAAGGUAAGCAUAGCCUUAAUUUCUAUAGAGAAUUAUAGUAACAUCAUUUUCUCCAAUUCCAAUUUACAAUGUUUUUUUUUAAACAAUGACAUUGUCCUUCACUUUAAUUUUGAAUGUGACUCAGUAUGGUUACUUAUUGCUAUAACUGUUCUGACCCUUCAGUGAAGUCAUGCCAACUAGUGGAGUUAGCCCACAGUUCUGCCUUGGUGUCCACACCCCAAUCAGACUCAGACACAGGCAAAGAGGCUUGAAUUGGGAUGGGAUCACAAGAGAGAUGAAACUUGGAGAAUUCAGCCAAAGGAUCUUGCAGGUCCCCCAGGAAUGCUUUGUGUCUUUGGGGUCCUCUGGGAGCUGAAGCACACAGCCAUGUUGGAAAGCAAAGCUUAAUAAUGAUUCUUUUUUAAAAUCUGCUGAAGAAGCCCCAUCCGGCGAAGUUCUUGGCAUUGGCUACUCCAUCUGUCCUAGCAGAGUAUGACUAAACUGGAAAUGUAUGGACCUGCAAUUUUUUUUUGAUGGAAGUCAACAGCUGCCUUACUAUUUUACCAUCUGACGUUUUUAGUAGGGAGCUGGGGAGAGAAGACUGCCAGAGGAAUGCAGUCUGAGGAUUGUGUUGCAGUGGGUGUGGUUCCAACAUUCACUCCUAUCUCAUUAGAAGAAGUAGGUAGCAGCAUCACUCAGCGGUCUUCUGCUGUGACCUGCUGCUCUAACAUCUCCUGGAAUGUUCUGGAAGGGAAUGUUUCAUUUGCUUGUGCACGACUCUGCUCAUUUUUGCUGUUUAUUUAAUCAUCUUCCACCUGCAGUUCUGGCUGGAUGAGAACAUACAGGUUGCAUCUCAAGGAAAAGCAACAACAAAAGA